AAAUGUUUUUCUUCCUAAAGUAAAAUAAAUGCAGCAUAGUCGAAAGACUGUCCAAUAUUUGGACAUUUUGUGCAGGACAAUGUUAUGAUGCUCAAGUCUGUGUCAGAGGAUCACCUGCUCGCUCAAAACACUAGCAGUCAGAAGUGGGGCAACUUUCAACACCAGCAGAGGCUGGACAUCAGUGUUGCAGGUGGCAUCCGGCGUGCGAAUUGGAGCAGCUGCUGACACACCUCCCUGCCCUUGAGUAAGGUGACAUUGACCCUCCCCUGGUGGAUCCAUAAAGGGGUGAGCCAGGGAUUCCGGCCAGGAUCUUGAAUUCUGUCAUGAUGAGGGUCUUGCUCGUCUUGGCCGCGCUGCUGGUUGCCGCGUUCGGCAACGAAACGUUUGAAGGACAUCAGGUUCUCCGCAUGGUGGCAAAGGAUGAAGCGCAACUGUCUCUUCUGAAGCAAAUGGAGGACAUGGAGGAGUACGAGCUGGACUUCUGGAAGAAGGCCAGAGAUGUAGACACUUACGUGGACAUCAGAGUUCCCCUAGGAAGUCUGGAGGCUGUCAAACUUUUUCUAGAGAGCAACGACAUUAAAUACUCAAUCAUGAUUGAAGACCUGCAGGUGAUCCUGGAUGAGGAGCAGGAGGAGAUGGACUCAUUUGCCCGUGAAGCUGAGCCCAGAAAUACCGAUAGCUUUGAUUUCUCCAGAUACCAUUCCAUCAGCGAGAUAUACAGGUUCCAAGACAUGCUGGUGGCCGAGAAUCCCGGACUGGUCAGCAAGCUAGUAAUUGGUCAAAGCUACGAAAAACGUCCACUCAACGUGUUGAAGUUCAGCACAGGUGGAAACAACCGUCCUGCUAUUUGGCUUGACACUGGCAUCCACUCCCGUGAAUGGGUCACUCAGGCUAGCGGCACCUGGUUCGCCAAAAAGAUCGUCAAUGACUACGGCCGCGAUCCUGUCCUCACUGCCAUCCUCAACAAGAUGGACAUCUUCUUGGAGAUCGUUACCAACCCUGAUGGCUUCUACUACACACAUACUACAAAUCGGAUGUGGCGUAAGACCAGGAAGCCCAAUCCUGGAUCCCGCUGUGUGGGAGUGGAUCCCAACAGGAACUGGGACGCUGGUUUUGGAGGCUCUGGUGCAAGUGGCAACCCUUGCUCGGAGACCUACCGCGGGCCUCGGGCACACUCUGAGUCAGAGGUCAGCUCCAUUGUGAAUUUCGUCAAAUCUCACCGCAAUAUAAAGUCCUUCGUGUCCAUCCACGCAUACUCGCAAAUGCUCCUCUACCCCUAUGGAUACACCAGGACGCCUGUCAAGCACCAGGCAGAGCUGCACAAUCUGGCCAGGAAGGCCGUCACAGACCUGGCUUCCCUGUAUGGCACUCGCUACCGAUACGGAAGCAUCAUCAACACAAUCUACCAAGCCAGUGGUGGAACCAUCGACUGGACAUACAAUCAGGGCAUCAAGUAUUCAUUAACCUUCGAGUUGCGUGACACUGGACGCUACGGCUUCAUCUUGCCUGCCAACCAGAUCAUCCCCACUGCCAAAGAGACAUGGCUGGCCCUCAUGGCCAUCAUGGACCACACCUCCAAAAACCUCUACUGAGGUUCACUCAGUCCUCUGCUUGGGAAGGGAAGUCACCAAUACCAAUAAAGAAAUAGUCAAGGAAAAA